ACAAGGACGUCCUACCUUUUUCCAUCUUUUUAUAUUGUGCCUCUCCUCCGCACGCACCAAGCAAUUCUUAACCAAAUUUCUCUUUCGACCAAAGACAAACAGAGACAUGAUUACUGCUAUCAGCUCCAUGAAUGUCUAUCCAGUGUUGCUACUCGUCCUUGUUCUAUUGCAAGCAAUGGCCAGCAAUGCUAAGUCGAGUAAUCAGCAGUGCGCUUCAUCCUGUGGUGAUAUUCGCAAUAUAAGCUAUCCGUUUCGAUUGAAGAGUGAUCCGAAAGGAUGCGGUAACCCAAAGAAAGAGUUGGUUUGUGAAGACAAUCGCACUGUUAUGUAUUUACUUGAUGGCCGAUUCUAUGUGCAGUCUAUUAAUUAUUCCACUUAUCAAAUCAUAUUGGUCAACGAUGGGUUGCAGAAGGAUAAUUACUCGUCUCUCCCCCAUUAUUCAUGGCAACUCUAUGACUUAAAUAUCGAUGCAAACAGCUCAUACGGCAGGUCUGAAGAAGGAGCGGUCAUCAUUGUGAACUGCUCAAAGCCGGUUAAUUCUCCAUUUUACAUCUCUACUUCUCCAUGCAUUGAGGGGUCGUACUCUUCCAACACAUCAUCGAAUUGGAACUUGUAUGCUCUGCUCAAUCCCAAGGCAUCGGAUGUUAGGGAGUUUUGCACCAUUAGCAGUUGGACACCAGUUUCGGAUGAUUUUGGGCCUUCUAAGGGGGUUAAUAUUAGCUUCUACAACUACAAGCUAAUCCAUAAAAUCAUGGCCGAUGGAUUUGCUCUCUCCUUUUAUGAACUUUCGGUGAAGAAAACUUAUUUUUUCUGCUUUGAUUUCUAUGGCUACUUUCAUUUCGAUUGCCACUUUGAUUCCUAUAGAAUUGGCGGCGAUAACUUCCCCGAAGGUCCGGUUUGUGGAUUCAAGCUCUACUCUGGCGGUGUCCCAGAUGAUAUCGCAAUUUGCACAGCUUGGGAUUUUCCAGUACUACUAGCGUUUUUCUGUGUAGCGAAAUUCGUAAUCGGGGUGCCAUUUGUUUUGAUAUUUCUAAUCUACAAGUACAAAAGAAGGCACUUAGCAAUGGACAAGAACAUCGAGGAGUUUUUGCAAACUCAUAACAACUUCUUGCCCAUAAGGUACUCUUACUCGAAUAGAAAAAAGAUCACCAGAAACUUUAAAUACAAACUAGGUGAGGGUGGAUAUGGUUCCGUGUACAAAGGAAUGCUCAAAAGCGGCAACGAAGUGGCCAUCAAGAUCUUAAAGAAGUGCAAGGCCAAUGGCCAAGAUUUUAUUAGUGAAGUGGCUACUAUUGGAAGAAUUCACCAUGUUAAUGUUGUGCAACUAAUCGGUUUUUGCUUUGAAGGCUCGAAACAAGCUCUUGUGUAUGAUCUCAUGUCAAAUGGAUCUUUGGAUAAGCACAUUUUCAGUGAGGAAGAUGACAAGUUUCUUGAUUACAAGAAAAUAUAUGAGAUCGCUCUUGGGGUGGCAAGGGGAAUCAAAUACUUACAUCAGGGUUGUGACAUGCAAAUACUACACUUUGAUAUCAAGCCUCAUAACAUUCUUUUAGAUAAGAAUUUCACUCCAAAAGUUUCUGACUUUGGACUAGCGAAACUUUAUCCCACAGAUCAUAGCAUAAUUUCAUUGACUGCUGCAAGAGGAACCUUGGGAUAUAUGGCGCCUGAGUUGUUGUACAAAAGCAUUGGCGGUGUAUCUUAUAAAGCGGAUGUAUACAGCUUCGGGAUGAUGCUCAUGGAAUUGGCAGGUAGAAGGAAGAAUAUAAAUGCAAAUGCAGAACACUCAAGCCAAAUUUAUUUUCCUUUGUGGGUAUACGACCAAGUUAGUGAAGGUACAAGUGUUGAAAUGGAAGAAGUUGUAGAAGAGGAAAGGAAGGUGAUAAAAAAGAUGAUAAUAGUUGCACUUUGGUGUAUACAAUUAAACCCUGAUCAUCGUCCUCCAAUGAGCAAAGUCCUAGAAAUGCUUGAAGGAGAUAUUGGUAAACUUCAAAUGCCUCCAAAACCGCUUACUUACCCAUCGGAUGUGUCAAUUGACAAUCACAUAACCGAGAUGGAGCUAAAAACGUUCUCAACUUCUUCAAGCGCUCCGAUAAUUUCAGCUAAUUUUCCUUUUAGAGAUAGCAAUGAUGUCUAGAGAAGCAUGCACAAUUUGAGUGGAAAAGCUUUGUGUAUUUGCCCACAAUCUAGUAUUAUGUUGGGAGGGACUUGAGCUAGUCUAGCUCGAUACUAAUUACUUUUGAGAUUGUCUUCUUGUGGCUCUUAGCUUAAUGUUGUGUUACUGUAUUUCAUAUA